UCUCGCUGUGAAGUUCUAGCUUUUAAUUCAUAAGAAUGGGUGAAAUCAAUGGUCAGUACACUUACGAAGAAUUGGAAAGGGAACUUUACUGGCCUGCAGAGAAGCUACGAGUUUCUAUCAAUGGAGCUGGUGGUUUCAUUGCUUCCCACAUUGCUCGUAGAUUGAAGAGUGAGGGUCACUACAUUAUUGCCUCUAACUGGAAGAAGAAUGAACAUAUGAGUGAAGAUAUGUUUUGCAACGAAUUCCACGUUGUGGAUCUUAGGGUUAUGGAGAACUGUUUGAAGGUUACUAGCGGUGUUGAUCAUGUUUUCAACCUUGCUGCUGAUAUGGGAGGAAUGGGUUUCAUCCAAUCUAACCAUUCCGUCAUUAUGUACAACAACACUAUGAUCAGUUUCAACAUGCUCGAGGCUGCCAGGAUUAAUGGUGUCAAGAGGUUUUUCUAUGCUUCAAGUGCUUGCAUCUACCCUGAAUUCAAGCAGUUGGAGACUAAUGUUAGCUUGAAGGAGGCUGAUGCUUGGCCUGCUGAGCCACAAGAUGCUUAUGGACUGGAGAAGCUUGCAACAGAGGAGUUGUGCAAGCAUUACACCAAGGACUUUGGAAUCGAGUGCCGCAUCGGAAGAUUCCACAACAUUUACGGUCCCUUCGGUACAUGGAAAGGUGGAAGGGAGAAGGCCCCUGCUGCUUUCUGUAGAAAGGCACAGACAUCCGCUGAAAGAUUUGAGAUGUGGGGAGAUGGUCUGCAGACCCGUUCCUUCACUUUCAUUGAUGAAUGUGUUGAGGGUGUACUGAGGCUGACAAGAUCGGACUUCAAAGAACCAGUGAACAUUGGAAGUGAUGAGAUGGUUAGCAUGAACGAAAUGGCUGAGAUUGUUCUUGGCUUUGAGGACAAAAAUCUUCUUCCAAUCCAUCACAUUCCUGGACCUGAAGGUGUGAGGGGUCGUAACUCGGAUAACACGCUGAUCAAAGAAAAGUUGGGAUGGGCACCAACCAUGAAACUCAAGGAUGGGCUGAGAUUCACAUACUUCUGGAUCAAGGAACAGAUUGAGAAAGAAAAGUUGCAAGGAACGGACAUGUCUGUUUAUGGAUCAUCAAAAAUUGUCGGGACACAAGCACCUGUUCAACUUGGUUCGCUUCGUGCAGCCGACGGGAAAGAAGGCCUUUGAAAGAAGUGAA